AUGUCAUUUGAUAGACCAGAAAUAUAUAGUGCUCCUGUUUUACAAGGAGAAUCACCUAACGACGAUGAUAAUACAGAAAUUAUAAAGUCCUUCAAGAAUUUCAUUUUGGAGUUUAGAUUAGACUCACAGUUUAUUUACAGAGACCAAUUAAGGAACAAUAUUCUGGUAAAAAAUUAUUCUCUGACUGUUAACAUGGAGCAUUUGAUCGGCUACAACGAAGACAUAUACAAGAAAUUAUCCGAUGAACCUUCAGAUAUCAUUCCCUUAUUCGAAACUGCAAUAACACAGGUGGCGAAAAGGAUAAGUAUUCUAAGUAGAGCUCAAUCAGGCAGUAAUAGCAAUCAAGAUGCAGACGGUACUAUUACAGAUACUGAUUCUCUUUUAUUGAACUCUCUGCCAACUUUCCAAUUAAUCUUAAAUUCCAAUGCAAAUCAGAUUCCACUAAGAGAUUUGGAUUCAGAACACGUCUCUAAGAUUGUUCGUUUAUCAGGUAUAAUAAUAUCAACUUCAGUUUUAUCUUCUCGCGCCACGUACCUCUCUAUAAUGUGUAGAAAUUGCAGACACACAACAUCUAUAACGAUCAACAAUUUUAAUUCUUUCACGGGCAAUACUGUCAGUUUACCACGUUCGUGUUUAUCUACUGCUGAGAGUGAAUCUUCCAUGGCAAAUGAGACAAAUAUUGGAGAUGAAUCGACGAAAAAAAAUUGUGGUCCCGACCCAUAUAUUAUUAUUCAUGAAUCUUCAAAGUUUAUUGACCAACAGUUUUUAAAAUUGCAGGAAAUCCCGGAAUUGGUUCCAGUAGGUGAAAUGCCCAGAAAUUUAACCAUGACUUGUGACCGCUACCUAACAAACAGAGUCAUUCCUGGUACAAGGGUAACCAUAGUUGGUAUAUAUUCUAUCUAUAGUUCUAAGAAUGGUGCUGGAUCAGGAAGAAGCGGAGGUGGUAAUGGAGGAAGUGGUGUUGCUAUCAGAACACCUUAUAUUAAAAUAUUAGGGAUUCAAUCUGAUGUGGAAACUUCUUCUAUUUGGAAUUCCAUAACAAUGUUUAGCGAGGAAGAAGAGGAAGAGUUUCUGCAGUUAAGUAGAAACCCAAAGCUUUAUGAAAUUCUGACGAACUCUAUUGCCCCCUCUAUUUUUGGCAAUGAAGAUAUAAAGAAAGCCAUUGUAUGUUUAUUGAUGGGGGGUUCUAAGAAAAUACUACCAGACGGUAUGAGGUUAAGAGGUGAUAUCAAUGUCUUACUAUUGGGUGAUCCAGGUACCGCAAAGUCCCAGUUAUUAAAAUUUGUAGAGAAAGUAUCUCCAAUUGCCGUUUAUACAUCUGGUAAAGGGUCUUCUGCAGCCGGGUUGACUGCCAGUGUACAAAGAGACCCCAUGACAAGAGAGUUUUAUCUGGAAGGUGGUGCUAUGGUCCUAGCCGACGGUGGUGUUGUUUGUAUCGACGAAUUUGAUAAGAUGAGAGACGAAGAUAGAGUGGCUAUCCAUGAAGCUAUGGAACAACAAACAAUAUCCAUCGCUAAAGCCGGUAUCACUACGGUACUAAAUUCUAGAACUAGUGUUUUGGCGGCAGCAAAUCCAAUAUAUGGCCGUUAUGAUGAUUUGAAGUCUCCCGGUGACAACAUUGAUUUUCAAACUACCAUUUUAUCCCGUUUCGAUAUGAUUUUCAUUGUCAAAGAUGACCAUAAUGAGGAACGCGAUAUUUCCAUUGCUAAUCACGUUAUUAAUAUUCAUACAGGAAAUGCGAAUGCUAUCCAAAACCAGCAAGAGGAAAAUGGUACAGAGAUUAGUAUUGAAAAGAUGAAACGUUACAUCACGUAUUGCAGAUUAAAGUGUGCGCCAAGACUUUCACCGCAGGCCGCUGAAAAACUAUCUUCGAAUUUCGUCACAAUCCGAAAACAAUUAUUAAUUAAUGAAUUAGAGUCAACGGAAAGGUCAUCUAUUCCAAUUACUAUUCGUCAAUUGGAGGCUAUUAUUAGAAUCACUGAAUCAUUGGCUAAAUUAGAACUAAGUCCUAUUGCACAGGAAAGACAUGUUGAUGAAGCUAUAAGAUUGUUCCAAGCGUCUACAAUGGAUGCUGCCUCUCAGGAUCCAAUUGGUGGCAUGAACCAAGCAGCCGGAACAUCGUUGUCAGAAAUUCGUCGUUUUGAACAAGAACUGAAAAGAAGAUUACCUAUUGGCUGGUCUACAUCUUAUCAAACUUUAAGAAGAGAAUUUGUAGACACGCAUAGAUUUUCUCAAUUCGCUUUAGAUAAGGCUUUGUAUGCGUUAGAGAAGCAUGAAACGAUCCAAUUGAGACAUCAGGGUCAGAAUAUUUACAGAAGUGGAGUAUGA